AUGGAAGCAUCAUCGAAUAGUCGAGAUGGAUCAUUAUCAACAUCAUUACAGUUAUCUGUUGAACAAUGGGAAUUAUUAAGACGUUUACGUAAUAGUCAUUUAACUAAAACACAAAUUAUUCGAGCUUAUGAUGAACUUGAUCGUCUUGAUCGUGAACUUGGAAAUCUAUUUAAUACGGCACCUCCUUUAUCAUCAACAACUAUUCCUUCUACUGAUCCUGUCUCACCGUUAGCAAUGAUUACACAACAAAUAUCUCCAUCAUCAUCAUCUAUACAAAAUACUACUACUACCACUAAUAAUAAUAAUAACAAACGACCACAUAGUCAUGCUGUUAAUGGAUUAGCAUCAAGAUCUUCAUCCACAACUUCGAAUGGAUAUCAUUCACAUUUGCAUCAUCAAACAACAUCACCAAAUGUAAACGUACGGUCAAGAAAUGGUGGUAGUGAAAUAAGUUCAACAAAUUCAAAUCAAUAUGAAACAAUGAAUCAAAAUGAUAUUGAAGAAGAAACAAGAGAAUUACAAGAAUUAAUUUCUAAAGGUGAUGUUGCUAUACAUAAUGAAAUAUCUGUAUUUGUCUAUCGAUAUGAUCUUAAACAAUCACAAAUUGCUCGAAUGGCUUCUGUUAAUCAAGCAUAUGUAUCAAAAUUCUUACGUGGUGAUUUAUUUGAUUUAUCUGAAAAUGGUCGAAUGGCCAUAUGCCGUAGCGGUCCACCGUCUGCUGAAUUCCUUGCUAAUUUAACAUCAUCAUGUGAACCACCAACAAAAGUGCCUCGUCUUAGUGAAUCUCAAACAAAUAAUAAUGUAUCACCUGUUUCAUUUGAUGCACCAAAACGUACACGAUUUACUUUCCGACCUGAACAUCUUGAUAUUCUCGAAAAAGCUUUUCUUGAUAAUCCAUAUCCUGAUCCACGCCGUCGUGAAGAUAUAGCUCGUAUAUGUAAUGAAGCACGAACACGUAUUGAAGGUACCAAUGAAGUAUUAAAUGAACGUGAUCGUGUAACCGAUGCUAUAGUAACACAUUGGUUUCAAAAUAAACGAAAAAUGGCUAAAAGUCAAAGAGUAUCAAUACAUGAUGAAUCAAUGCCAUUAAAUAUAACAAAUAAUAGUAAUAAUCACAUGUCAACAACGAAUGAUUUUGAAAAUAUGAAUGGUGAUGAUGAUUUACAUAUUCAACAACAAAAAUCAAAUGUGCCUAUUGUUGAUGUUGAUUGUUAUGAUACAUCAACAUCAUUACUUGAUCCACAAAUGGCUGCUUAUCGAGCUAUAAUGAGUCGUAUGGUACCGUUUGCUAAUAAUGUUAAUGGUAAUAAUUCACCAAAACGACUUGUUAAACAAGAACCAUUUCAUACACAAGAUGAAUCAAGUCAUGAUGAUGAAUCGAAUUGUUCGUCACCAUUAAAUGAUCAUUUGUCGCCGUGA